AUAAUAAAAAAAGCAAGAAUAAGCACACCGCUCAUGUUAAAAUUACAUAUAUAAAUACCGAAACAAAGUUUCUCAGAACGCCAAAACAAAUUGAAUCAAAAUCUUUUCAAUCCCCAAAAUCCCUCAAAGUCCCCCAAAAAACCAUUCUUUGGAAAAACAAAACCAUGAGCGCCUCUGAUUCUUCCGCCAUUGAUAUAUACACGAAUUCAUUACCAGCUUUUAUUUUGUGACACACCGAAAUCCCUUUUUGUUUUGGAAUUCAUUCUUUUGAUUUUUUCUUUUUGGUUUCGGCUUUCCUGAAUUUUUUGUUGGUUUCGCCGAAAUCGCAAACCGUAGAUAAUACUAGAUUAGUUGCAGAGGCGAAGAUGGCGAUUAUACUGAAGGAGAAAACGGCGGACGACGACAUUUUAAUGCCGCCGGUGAAUUUCUCAAUGGUGGAAGAUGGCAUUUAUAGAUCUGGCUUACCUCAACCCUCUAAUUUCUCUUUUCUCAAAACCCUAAAUCUUCGUUGCAUCAUAUAUUUGUGUCCGGAACCAUACCCAGAAGAGAAUUUGAAGUUUCUUGAGGCUAACAAUAUUAGGCUCUUUCAAUUUGGAAUAGAGGGCAAAACGGAGCCCACUGUUUCUCUUCUCAAGGAUGCUAUCAUGGAUGCUCUGAAGAUCUUAGUCGACGUGCGAAACCAUCCAGUUUUGAUCCAUUGCAAGCGUGGAAAGCAUAGGACUGGUUGUCUUGUUGGUUGCCUGAGAAAACUGCAGAAUUGGUGCUUGGCUUCUGUGUUUGAAGAGUACCAGCGGUUUGCUGGUGUGAAAUCUAGGGAAACAGACAAGAAGUUUAUUGAGUCAUUUGAUGUGCUCUCCUUGAGGCAUUGUCUUUACAGCAUCAUCUACCGCUACCAUGGCUAUGGUUCCAAAAAGAGAAGGCUUCUCUACAAAGAAGAUAAUGUUCAGAAGCCCCAGAUGACUUCAGUUUAGCCAACGACUCCAUAGUUUAGUUCUAUUUUCUAAUUAAGUUCUUUCUUUAUGUUUGCAUAUAUGAUACAUAUAUAUGGUGAUUCCCCACUAUUAGUUUUUUCUUUUAUUUUCAUUUUCACAUUAGGUUCUUUGGAUUAAAUCAACCAUUGUAUACUUCAUUUUCAACCUCGAGUGUUGAUUUUUUUUUUUUUACAUAGGAACGAGCCAAUUAGUACGGAAAUUUCAUCAUCUUUAGAUUUUGUGAUUACUUUCCUCAGAUUUUAUUUUAGUGUUUGUUUUCCAUUAA